AUGCCGCAGGCAGUGCAAGAACGGCACACUGUGCGAGAUGCGCACGCUCAGAGCGGAUAUCUGCGUGAGUAUCAUCGAGCGGGGGACUUCUGCCUCGUGGUGGAUGGCAUCGUUGAUCGUGUUUCACCCUAUGGGUUCCAAUCUGGCCCUGUGUUCCGGAUCCCUGAUCCCGGGGACCAUUUCGAGGAGGCAGAGCACUAUGACUCGUACCAAGGCAAUGACAUUGGCCACAUCUUGCGGAAGAUGAGAGCGAAGGCUUCGUCGGGGAUGGACGACUCAUUGUCUUUGGACGUGGAUGUGGAUGGCUAA